AUGGUCAAGCUUGAUGGGCGAUGCCUGUGCGUCCAGCAGUGCUGCUGCAUCAAGCUGCCGCUGCCGCCUUCUCCGGCCGGCAUGACUGACCGUGUCCGCCAAACAGUCAACACCAUCCCAACACAAGGCUGUGAUGCAGCGCAGUGCGACGGAAGGUCCUGCACUCCACCGAGAAGCAGCGGGACCAUGUCGCCUUCUGGCAUGAUGCCAUUGGGAGCAGGGCAGCGCCGAAACACCACGGGCGAGCGGAGCUGCUUGGAUGAAAAGCCGACAAGCCCGUCAAGCCGCAGUUGUUGCUUGACGAUCACUGCCAGCUACUGA